AAAAGAAACAAGAUUCGUUCCUCCUUUUUUCAAAUCCAAUUUUUUCUCACAUUUUCUUUUUUUUCUAAAGUACCGUUGUUGUGUUGCCGUUAACCGUGUGUAUUGUGCUGUGAGAUUCAAAGAUCGAAUGAACUGUUGUCGUGGAAAAAGGUUUUAGUUCGCAUCUCGCGUGUAUACUUUUUUUUGACGUUUGUUUGACGUUUCUGGCUGUAUGGAAGAGGCUUCAUAAUGAGUGUUUAAGUGUCAGUGAAGUGUCAAAAUAGUGUCAAACUAGUGACAUGUGUUCUGUGUAGUUAAUAUGACGUGAGAGGACAUCAGCCAGCAUGUAUCGGCCGAAUUUCUAUGAGAGCACGUGCUUUAGGUGUAAUGAGAUUGUGUACCAAGUGGACCGGGUCGGGCCGCUGAAGGAUUUCACCUUCUUCCACAGUGGUUGUUUUAAAUGCGCUGUCUGUGGUACUAAGUUGACUUUAAAGACAUACUACAACAACCAGCACUGGACAGAAGACAAAGAGGUGUACUGCUCGAGUCACGUGCCGAAGAUCGGGCCAGGUCACCUGGAUAACUCCUCAGUGGGCAUUAGAAGUGCGCUCAACGUGCCCAAGAGUAAUAACUAUGUUAACGAGCAGAUCAGAGGAUUGGCGAGGAACAGUCAUGAUAAUGAAUUCUUGUCAGCAGUAUCCCCGACACGCACGACAAAUGGCGGCAGUGCGCACGCAUCGCCCGCGCGGGAGUUGUCGCGCGACACGCCCGACUACCAGUACGGGCGGUUCGACGCGAGCGCACUCCACAUCGCGCAUGCGCUCAAACAGACUGAACUGCAGAAGGCGUACCAUAGACCCAGGGAGAAGCCCAUUGACUGUUAUUUGGAUCGCGAUGAACAAACCAAACUAGAAAUGAAACAUAGGCAAGAAGAAGAUGACUUGUACAGAAAAUUCUCCAAACAUCGUGAAGAGGAAAACAGAAGAAUACGAGAAGAAAUACAGGAUGAAUGGGAACGCGAACUAGAAAGGCUGACGAACAGAUUCCAACAAGAGAUGCAAGUAAAGAAGAGAAGACCAGACUCCGAGAUCGGCGCCCUCACGUUACGUCACCAGCAGGAGAGAGCAGACUUGGAGAAGAAUAUGACGUUAAGGAGGGACAAGAAGAAGGAGAGCUUGACUAGGAAGAUGUUGGAACAUGAAAGGGCAGCGACAGCAGCUCUCGUAGAAAAGCAAAGCCACGAGAUGAUGGAGCUCAUACAAGAGCGUCGAUCGGAAUACAUGGCCGCUUCCUCCCUGUUCGUGGACGGGGAAGAAGCCCCGCCGUACCCCGCCCGCGCGCCACCCCCUCAACCUCCGCUGGUUUCCAAGUUCCACAUCUACACAGACCCCGCCGAAUUCGCUGAUGUUGAUAAAAUUGCUAUUUCGGUGGCACAAGAAGACCAAAAAACCUUUACGGAUCUAGUCCGACAGCUAGUAGGUAGAUGCGCAAGCGACGUUGAGAAGGCGAGGACCAUAUUCCGUUGGAUCACCGUCAAGAACCUGAACAACAUUCAGUUUGACGACAACUUGAGAGGAGAUUCUCCUUUAGGCCUGCUCAGAGGCAUCAAACAUGGAACUGAAAGUUACCACGUACUGUUUAAGAGAUUGUGCAGCUACGCGGGUCUUCACUGCGUAGUAAUCAAAGGCUACAGCAAAUCCGCGGGCUACCAGCCAGGAGUCCGCUUCGAAGACAACAGGUUCCGCAACUCUUGGAACGCGGUGUUCGUGGCGGGCGCGUGGCGCUUCGUGCAGUGUAAUUGGGGAGCCAGACAUCUGGUCAAUGCGAAGGACGCGCCGAAGCCCGGCAAUAGGGGGAAGAGUGAUAGCUUGAGGACUUCCUCCAAAAAUUCCAACUACUGUCCCAGGUAUGAGUACGAUGACCACUACUUCCUGACGGACCCUCGGGAGUUCAUCUACGAGUUCUUCCCGCUACAGCCUGACUGGCAGCUGUUGAAGACGCCCAUCACCUUGCAUGACUUCGAGGAACUGCCCUUCGUGAGAUCGCUGUUCUUUAGAUAUGGGCUGUACUUCAGUGAUCCGAAUACGAAGGCUGUUAUGUUUACUGAUUCGACUGGUGCGGCGACUAUGCGCAUAGCCAUGCCGGCACACAUGCAGAGCUCGCUGAUCUUCCACUACAACCUCAAGUUCUACGACACCGAGGGAGACGGCUUCGACGGCGUCAGUCUCAAGAGAUUCGUUAUGCAGUCGGUGGUGGGCAACGUGGUGUCGUUCCGCGUGCACGCGCCGUGCAGCGGGGCGUUCCUGCUGGACAUCUUCGCCAACGCCGUCACGCCGCGCGAGUACCUCACCGGCGAACCCAUGAAGUUCAAGAGCGUCUGCAAGUUUAAGAUAUGUUGCGCAGAACUACAGACAGUGAUGGUGCCGCUGCCGGACUGCGCGAGCGGCGAGUGGGGACCCACCAAGGCUACCCGCCUCUUCGGACUAGUACCUAUCACGCAUCAGGAGGCGUUAGUAUUCGCGGGUCGCGAGCUGGAAAUCCAGUUCCGCAUGUCGCGGCCGCUUGCGGACUUCAUGGCCACACUGCACAAGAACGGCGUCGAUGAGAAGCGCCUCUCUAAAUACGUGCAGCAAAAUGUGUCCGAUGACAUAGUGUCAUUCUAUAUCACCUUCCCUGAAGAAGGUCAGUACGGCUUAGACAUCUACACGCGCGAGCGCGGCGGCCCCACAGCUAUCCACCAAAACGGCUCCACGGAGAAGGAGAAGCACCUCCUCACACACUGCUGCAAGUACCUCAUCAACAGCAGCAAGAGGAACUAGAGUACAUACACAUACAUACCUGGUGCUUGCUGGUGUCUGGCAACGAACCUUCACGGUUAUAUGAACUGUUUUAAUUUUAAAACGCUCUCUGGACUGUUCGAAAUUCCAUAUUUGAAUUUGGAAGAACAGUAAUAAACUCUUUUUUUGCCGGCCAUAUGUAUAAAUGCGGAUAUUUUUUUUUAUUCUGCAGGCUAUCAUAAUGUUAAUCAGCUGUAAAGAAAUUUAAAGAGAAGAAGAAACUUAUCAAAUGUAAUUGUAUUUACAUAAAAAAUGGUUUUGAUUUGCCCAGUAUGGCCUGAUAGAUUUUUCAUAGGUCUGUAGGUACGCUUUUAUCAUAUCUCUGGGACAUCAGUAGGCACCACUUCUUAAUUAGGUAUAAGUUGUCUGUAAGAAUGCCUUUAUCAAGUGUUCAGUAGCAGAAACAAUGCAAUAAUAGUAUUUAGACUUACGAUUGUCACAACCAUUUAUUUACGUAUGAUUUUAGAGAGAACUAAUUACAUAAAAUAAAUGAAAAAACCUAGUUAUGGAUGAAAUAUACAGAAAAUUACGCAAAAAUUUUAAAUAUGUUUUUCUUUAAUGUAAACACAUACAUUAUGUCAAUUACAUAACGUUACAAUGCAAUAUACUCAAAAAGAAGAUAGGUUGUGGAAAAUAAAGUAACUUGUAAACAUUAUAUUACAACAAUUAUGUUGCAUAUAAGCUAUUUUAUAUGAAUCUUUACCCAAAUGUAGAUACGUAAUAGUUUAGAAAUAAAAUCCGUCCGCUGAUAUAAAACAUUUAUUAUAUUAAUAUUAUAGAUUAUGCUAACAUUUAUACAUAAACAUUAUUAACUGUAAAUGAUUCGAUAUUAUUUGAAUUUAAUUAAUUUAAGUACGGAUUAAGGUUGUGCCGAAGCAAUUUAAUUGCUUUUUUGUACGUUUUUUUUAAAUAUAUUUUUAUAUUAAUUUUGUAUAAAGAUUGAGCGUUUUUGAGAUACAUGUUAUCUGCUGUGGCAGAUUUAAUGUCAUCGUCGUUUUACAGUUUUCACUUACGAACUAUAAUGUUACUUUUUUAUUUCACUUGCUUGUGGCUCUUACUUUUUCUUCCUAACUAUUAUAAACAGGAUUGUCAAGACCAAUACAUGGAACCAGUAGCAUGAAAAAAAAAAAUAUUUUGGAAUUGAUUCUUUGAGCCAUUGGUCCUGCAACUUUCAAAGGCUUUUCUUCUAUUUUUACAGGGUUUGGCCUGGUCUUGAUAAUUCCAGUUUUUUUCCUAAGACGGUGAUACGCUUACUGAUAAUGUGAAUUAAAAAUAGAUUGCUCUAUUUUAUUAAUAUAUUUUUUAUUUACCUGUUAAACGCACAAAUGAAAUGUAGCAAUUUAUUAUUACUUAAAACCUAGAGUAGUUUUAACAAUAUGUUUAAUUUAUAUGACAAUAUUAUUAUUUUUUCUAUUUAAUAAACACGAAAAAUGUAUGUAAAUUUUUUAUAUAAAAUAUAUGGCAUGUUACUUCUCUAAA